AUGUCCAUAAACGAGGAUGAUGUGAAAAAUGAUUUUGAUAAUGAUUUGGGUGAUGAUUUCGAUUAUCAAUCGAAUGCAGAAGAUGAUGCUGAAGACGACGAUGUGGAUUCGCUGGAUUCUACUAGCAAGAGUGAAGAAGUUUGUGGUGUAAAAAGAAUAGUAGAUUUAAUGGUGGAGGAUAUUUGGAACCUGGAGUUUAGGACAGAGGAUGAGGCGUGCCAAUUUUAUAACACUUAUUCUUGUUGGCAUGGAUUUGUAAUGAGGAAGGACGACGUGGUUAGGGAUAAUCAAGGUAGAAUCAUUAGUAGGCAACUUGUUUGCAACAAAGAGGGCUCGAGGAAUAUGAGGUAUCUUGAUCUGGAUGAUAGAUCAAGGGAGGCAAGAUGGAAGGUAUCAUGUUUUGUGGAAUCUCACAACCACAAUCUGACACCACCCCAAUUUGCGCAUCUGGUUCUGGCCAAUCGUCGUCUCACUGUCAUUGAUAAAAUCCAAGUAGAAAAUCUUCAUAAUUUUGGUGUCAAGACCUGCCAUAUUAUGGGGUAUAUUGCGUUCCAGAAGGGUGGAUAUCGUCAUGCUGGAUUUACACGCAAAGAUUUGUACAACUACAUUGAUCGUUAUCGUCGGUCAAAAGUUAAAAAUGGGGAUGCCAAUGCAGCAAUAAACUAUUUGAUUGAUAUUGUUGCCUUUGACUCAACCUACAAGAAGAAUAAAUACAAUAAGCCUUUGGUCAUUUUCUCCGGAUGCAAUCAUCACGGGCAGACUGUUAUCUUUGGAUUCGACCUACUAUCCGACGAAACCACAGAGACGUAUAAGUGGUUGUUGGAAACCUUUGUUGAAGCGAUGGGUGGGAAAAGUGCUAAAACAGUAAUAACUGACGGAGACCUUGCCAUGCGAGAUGCAAUCAAGAAUGUUCUUCCUGAUGCGACCCAUCGGUUAUGUGGAUGGCAUCUGCAGAGAAAUGCAUGUGAAAAUAUAAAGAAUCCUAAUUUUCUGCCCGAUUUUAAAGGUCUUAUAUACGACAACAACGACCACAGAGACUUUGAUCGGAGAUGGGCAGCCAUUUUGGAUAAGCACAACCUUGUUGGGAGUACCUAG